AUGAUACAAUUCAAGUUCUAUGUUACCUUGGCAGCUGCGACGACUCUGUUCUACAGAGACACCUCUGCUCAAGCUCCCCCAACUCCUGAGGGCUUGACGUACCUGAACUCGACAAUCUACCCAGGAGCGUCCAUCUCCUUCAAAGAGACCACGAUCUGCGAGACCAAUGAUGGUGUCAGGGGCUGGAGUGGCUACGUCAAUCUUCCAUCUUCACCACAAGACGGUCGCGAUUAUCCAAUUCACACUUGGUUUUGGUUCUUCGAGGCUCGUCAUGGUCCAGAGAAUGCACCGCUUUCGCUAUGGAUUCAAGGUGGACCUGGUGCACCAACGUCAAUCUCUGCCGUCAAUGAGAAUGGUCCGUGCAACCUGCUGAACAACUCCAGAGAUGCCGUCAACAACCCUUGGUCUUGGAACGACAGAGUCAACAUGUUGUACAUUGAUCAGCCUGUGCAGACUGGUUUCUCUUACGACACUUUGGUCAAUGGUACGAUCUCUGAGGCUUUCUCUCCUUUCGCCGUCUUGCCUGCCCAAAUUCCCAAGAAUGACACUUCGCUUGGGGGUAUCUUCUCGUCAGGCAACUCGAGCUUGGCACCCAACAGUACCAUGGCCGUCGCGCCUCCUAUGUGGGACUUUAUGCAGAUCUGGUUAAAAGAUUUUCCUGGCUACUCAGGCGAAAAACAAAAGUUCAGCAUCUGGGGAGAGUCUUAUGGUGGUCAUUGGGUUCCAACCUUUGCCGAUUACUUCUACAAGCAGAACGAUCGUAUCAGCUCUGGCGGUCUCAAUGCCACAUCACUCACCAUCGAAUCGCUUGGUCUAAUCAACGCUUGCAUUGACGCAGAGACUCAGAUACCCUUCUAUCCUGUCAUGGCGGCGAACAAUACCUAUGGAAUCAAAGUCUUCAACGACACCACUUACGCCAGUUCUAUGGCAGCCUUACCAAAAUGCUUAAACAUGACCAAAACCUGUAGAAGCCUCGCCUCGCGUCUUGAUCCGGAAGGAUGGGGCAACAAUACUGAUGUGAAUAACGCCUGUGCAAGCGCGUAUCUCUAUUGCUUUGAUGCAGUCGCUAGAGAGACCCAGCUGGGAAACAUCGAAGGAUAUGAUGCUUUCCACUUCGACAUCGCAUCACCACUCAUCCACAACUUCCCACCACGUUGGGCUGCCGGCUACCUCAACAACGCCAGUGUCCAAGCAGAUCUGGGGGUUCCUCUCAACUUCACCGGCUUCUCUUCCGUCAUCGCUCAAGAAUACGCAGCCUCAGGCGACUUCCUGAAGGGCAAUAACCUUGCCGCUCUUGGUCAACUGCUUGAUCGUGGAGUGAAGGUUUCGCUUCUAUAUGGCGAUCGCGAUUAUCAAUGCAACUGGUUCGGCGGCGAAGCUAUCAGUCUUGCUAUCAACUCAAGCAUCUCGUCUUCAUUCAGCAAGGCAGGCUACACCAAAUUUGAGACCAAUGCUUCGUACACCGGUGGCUUGACAAGACAAUAUGGUAACUUGUCUUUCACUCGGGUCUUCCAAGCUGGACACGAAGUAUCAUACUAUCAACCUGAAACCACAUACCAAAUCUUCAACCGCGUGAUAUUCAAUCGAGACGUCGCAACCGGGCAAGUCUCGACAGCUCCAGCUUCUAAUUCUUCCACCUACGCCACGUCAGGCAAUUCUUCUGCACUCGUCUCUAUCGGUGCGCCUAUCAAAUUCGAGUCCUCGGUGCCUUCGUGCUACUUCUGGGAUAUCAUGGAGACUUGUACGCCCGCUCAAGUACAAAUUUUUGCAAAUGGAAGUGCCAUUACCGAGGACUUCAUUCUUGUGGGCUAUACGUUGAAGGACGGGACGAAAGUGUUUUACAAUCAGACUGCUGCUGGUGCUGGAAAUAGGUCGUCGCCACAGUCUUAUGUUCCUGCAAGUGGAGCGUCGCCUGCAUCCCCGCUGAGUAUGAGUUUGGCUGCGAUAGCCUUGGCUGUUGUUGCUCUUGUUUCAUAG